UGGUGGUUACUUCACAUCUGGACGAAAGGAUCGAAAUGAUAAAGGAGUUCAAUGGGAAUAAUACGUGGAGGAAGCGGGCUAUCUCUCUAGUGCCUAUAAUCUAUGAGGUUACUGUGAGCCCAAUCCCCGGGAAAGUUAGUAUCCUACAGGACGGUUCUAUCGUUGUAGAAGUUGGAGGAAUUGAAAUGGGUCAAGGGCUUUGGACAAAAGUAAAGCAAAUGACUGCAUUUGCCCUUAGUUCAAACCUAUCUAAUGCAGAUGAUGAUGAUGAAAACCUCUUGGAUAAAAUAAGAGUCAUACAAACGGAUUCUCUGAGUCUUGUACAAAGCGGUUUUACAGCUGGGAGUACUACAUCGGAGUCGAGCUGUGCUGCCGUGAAACUUUGUUGCGAUAUUUUGGUGGAAAGACUGAUGCCGAUUAAGAACAGAUUAUGGGAACAAACGGGUUCUGUGAAAUGGGAGGCGUUGAUUACUGCGGGACAUCUUGAAUCAGUGAACUUUGCAGCAAAUGCUUACUAUGUGCCUGUUGCUGGAACUGGUGACUACCUUAAUUAUGGCGCUGCUGUGAGUGAGGUGGAAAUAAACCUAUUGACAGGAGAAACAAGAAUUCUUCAAUCUGAUAUGAUUUAUGACUGCGGACAAAGCUUGAAUCCAGCCGUUGAUUUGGGACAGACAUAA